CUGGUUUCUAGGAAGUAGAAACAUGUAGGGGAGAGGAAGCCUAGCAAAAGAGGGAGGAAAGACGGAGAAGAAGGGAGAGAGGGAGUGAGACUGAGAACACCGCAAGACACCUCCUGCUGUCAUUCCUGGCUCCCAUGGACACAGCCCGGAAGGAGCCCUGGGGGCCCGUCUAGGGACAGGCGUGAAGCUGGCAGGCUGCCUUCGCUCACAGAGCUACUUAGAGCUCCGGCCUCUCCACCAGGGACCGGUGCCCACGGCCCAGGGAGCUGCAUUCCUGAACAGGGAGGUGGGGAGGGACAAAGAGCUUUCAAGUAUUUUCAACAAUCUCCCCCGCAGCCCUGUCCAACGGUCUCCCUCCCUCCCUCCCUCCUCCCCAACACCAGACUCCUAAGUUCACCGAAGAAACACAAACCCAUGAAUCCAGCUCCAGCCUGACAUAGCAAAAGAAACAAACCACAGUCUCACGGUGAUGACUCUGGAUUGGUAGAUCAUGAAGAGGAUGGAGAGGCACGUGGUCAGAGGACCACUCUGUAAGCACUUCGACUUGGAGAGGAGGACUGCCAAGCAGGCUGAAGCCAGACUGAGCCAACGGCUGCAGAGACUAGAGGGUAUCUUCCUCUACCGGGUGAAACUGCUGAGCCGGGAGCAGAGACAGCUCCAGGAAGACCUGCAGAGGCUGCAGCAGGAUAUCAUGAAGAAGAAGUCCUCCUCUUACGUUGGGAAUGGGGGUCAGGAGAGGGCGGAAGGUGUUUGCGUGUUCUCACCGCGAGGGAGACAGAAGCACAGAGUCCCGCAGGCCGACCAAACCAGAGCAUUAGGGACCAGUAUGACCCCUAAAACAUAUAAGCCCAAGUCUCAGGUGCCUCCUGCACAUCCCUCUGGCCUCAGAGACCCCGUGAGGAGGAGAGAGCCGCCGUCGUCUCCGAAUGACAGAGCUGCCGUCUUCACAGGAGAGAAACCUCAAGCCCAAGAGGAAGACUCUGUGAAUCCACCUACGAGCACAGACUCCAAGAAGAGCAUCUCUGUCCCGUGUCAGCAUCAGGCUGUUUCCACCAAGAGCAUGGGACAAGGCCCCGGUUCCUGCCCAGCCGGAGAGAGCAGAGUGUCCCAAGCCGAUGGGAGCAGAUCACGAGAUGCCAGUCUAAAGCCAGAAAAAAACUCUUUCUCUGAAUGAACAAUGCUAAUAUAUGAAAAAUGAGAGGAGAAACAAAUCUUCUGAAAAUGUGUUCAGUGACGCACCCGUGUUUAUAAUGCCAUCAAAAAUAAGGAUAUACGUUGAUAACCGGACUUUUCUUGAAGGGAAAAUAAUAAGAGUCCUGCUUUCUGUAGGCGAUUCUCACGGUGCCACCUGCUGGCAGAACGGCCCAGCUGUUCUCUCCGUGUUAGUUUUAUACAUGGCGGUAGUAGGAGCGGGAACUCAGCUGUAAAUGUGCAUCAUAACAUGAUUUAUAGAGCAAACCUGCCCUCUGCCGCAUCUGUGCACGCCGGGUGGAAACCCUCCCUCCCUCCCUUCACGUCCAGGCAGCUCCAUUUUAGUUUCCUUAUUCGCACUUUCAACCUGCGCAUAGCAGAUUUUUUGGAUCCUAACAAAAGGGCAAUCAACAAUCUGUUUCCUUUCAUGUGCUCUAGAAUCAAAGGAUUUCAAAAAUUUUUAUUUAUCUGCCAAUGCUCUAUCAAAUUCACAUCAGACUCUAUCGAUAUCUACCUCACUGUAAAAUGAGAAGCAAUGAGCAUCUUUAGCGAGUUAUUGUUUCAAGCAGGUCGCUAGGAAAUGGGCUGAAAAAUGAAGAGAAUCCAGCAGACUGUUUCCCAUUCAACUGGUCCAAACGUCACACUAAAAAUAAGCAGUAUCGUAAGCCAUCAAAAAACACUAUCUCAUUGUUAAUGCAUUUUAAACCUAUUGUCCACCUAAUGAAGCAUAGAAUAAAAUCAUCAGCCCUUUUUAUUAUUUGAUGAUUUAUCCUGACUCUGUUAGGAAAACCGGCUUGUACCUGUAAGUCCAAGGUCUUAAAGAAAUCAGGCAUCUCCUAGUGGGUAAAUUCAAGUCUUCAACCCAAUCGCAAAUUUGAAUUCUAGAAGAAUAAACCUCAGGGCCCCUUUCAUAUCAGGCAUCAACGUUUGAUGUAACCCAGCCUGGGAUAUUUUGAAGAAACAAGAUUAUUUCAAUUGGCAAUGAUAAAGGACCCCAAACUACUAAUAUUACAAAUGGCCAGAAAUGAAGAUUCAUUCACAUUUAACUUAUUAAUUAGAAAUUAAAUAAUGUAAUAUGAUAACGUGUAAUUUAAUUCACAUUUAAGAUUCCUCGUGUUUAAAAACAACUAUUCGUAAUGGCUCCCAUUGCUCAGUACCUCUUCCCAUCCCGAUGCUUUGCACACAAUGCCAGUUGGCCUCACAGCAACUCUGAGAAAUGGUUUCCUGAAUCCCCACUUUAGAGACAAGGACAUUGAGGGCAGAGCAGUAGUAACGUACCAAUAAACGGCAGACCAGAGCCUGACCCCUGGUGUGUUCCAUUCCCUUGGUCAUGCUCUUUCCAUCACACCACACUACGCCCUAUCUGAAGACAAAAACGUGAGUCAAUCACGGGAGAAUUAGUUUUAUCAGCCCAGCCUCGGUCUUCAAUGGGGAGACAAUACCUUAUAGUGAAAAGAGCACAAGAAAUCUGCUCCCUCCAAGGUUUUCUUCCAUGAAGCCAAUCAGCAAGGGAAGGCAGGCCAUGGACGAGAAAACUAACUUAUGAUUUAGUGACACCAGCCACGACUGGGACGGCAGGAAUGGGGACACCCCAGCUCGUUGCUACAUGUUCUUUCUCCUUGUCUUCUCCUCAAGCCUUGCCUGUCUCCAUCACAGUCCUCCUUCAAGGGGGGGGGGGUUCGGGAUGAUUUAUCCCAGUUCUAACUGGUCUCGGCACUGUACCGGCCGCAGCGGGAGGACGGGACACCCCCAGGCAUCAGAGAGCCGGCGAGUGCACCUCACCCCUGCCGUUACAAGGAGUGAGUGUUCUGCCCUCCUGGUUAUCUUGCUCGUAUCUUCAUAUAUCUGAUAGACCCAGUUGUCUGUGCUUCUAAAUCCCAUAUUUAGUACAUUCUAUUUCAAACCAUAUUGUAGUCAUUGCCACAAAAUUGUACAUUUGCAAACCUUCUAAACUCAUAGAUUUUAUAUUUUUAUCAUUUAGUCUAAUACAUUUUCCCUCUUCAACACAGUGGGUACAAUACUCUGAUGAGUACAACUUAACACAAUCAGAGAGAAAGCUGCUACAUGGGGCCUUUCUUGACUAACUCAUUAAAUUCUACACAACAGUUUAAAUCCUUAAUCCUCAUGAAGCACAUUGAGCUCUAGGCUGGCUUGUACUCAACGAAUCUAACUCACUCACGUACAGCAGCCACCGGGAGCAAACAAGCCCCCUGCUCCAAAAGACAUCUGGAAAUGUCCAGGGACAUUCUCGAUUGUCACAACUGAGAUGAGGGGGUUGCUACUAGACUGGAGUAGGUAGAGAUCAUAAAUCCUACAAUACCUGGGACGGCCCUCCAAAACAAAGAAUUAACAAGCCCAAAAUGUCAACAUUACUGAGGCUGGAACCCCACACCCGGGCCAUGGAUGAAAUCUUCACCAAACCCCUGAGACAGGAAUUCAGUGAGAUAAUUGCCCCCCCUUUUACAGAAAAGGAAACCGAGGCUCACGAUAAGUAAAACGGCUCUCUCACGCCACAACACAGAUGAGGAACAGAGGACCAGGCCCUGCGUUGAGUGCUUUCUCUCCCAGAGAGAAUGGAGGAUGAUGCAAAGACCAACGGCUUUUGGCCUCCCUGUCAGUUAUGAACUACUUUUCAACUCUAUAAAUAAAAAUCUGCGACAUUAAAAUGAAUAACAAA